AGUCUCAAACCACUGGUGGUCUCUUGAAGGUUUAGUUUAAAAAAAUUGCUGAAAUGAAUUAAAUUCAGGAUAGAUGUACUGUAGAUCUGUGGAUAUAUAUUUAUUAAAAUUGGACAUAAGUAUAAAAAAAGGUUGUGUCUUAUAGAACUUCAGGAGUUGGGUACUAUAAAAAAGGAUUGCUCGAUUAAUUUUGGAUUUGAUUCAAUUUUGGAGUGUAAUGUUUGAGUUAUAACUGGUCUUAUAUUAAACUAUUAAUUAGAGGAAUGUAGUCAUUGGUUUAUUGUAGAAGAUGAAUUUUUAUUUAUCAAUAAUUGGACAGGCCAUGUUACUAAACCUCCGACUCAGUCCACUAUAAUGUCUUUAGUCAAAUAUCCCCACAGCAUGCUCCUCUGAGGCUUUAUUGCUCAAGUCUGUACACAAGCAAGUCCCGAACUUUUCAUACCUGCGCGAGAAUUUCACGCUUUAAUGCCCUUGACGGAGUGAAUUAAUUCAUAGACAAAAUGCGUGAGGUUAUGAGUGCGACUUAUCUUCGAGUUCCAGCUUCCAGACAACUGAAGUGACAAUUAGUCUGAGCAAUUUCCUAACACACAGCCAUUUUCCUGUCCUCUGUUCUGAAUAUACAAACAAGCAGACCUCCUCGGAAUACAUUAGCAUACAUUAGCAGAUGAGUUGUUUUAUUGAGGAGUUUGCUGAAGUGUAUACAUGUGAAGGUUUUUUAAGCAUGUUGUGGCAGACAAAAAUCUCUUGCAAGCACACAGCCUCUCACUUGGCCACGUCUUUCUUUUGUUGGUUGACAUCCAAAGCAACUUCCAAAGGAAUAUUAAAAUUCUGAGCAUGCCUCGAGUCUCUGAGUGUCUCUGAGUGUCUCUGAAAGUUUAGUGGAUUGGGCAAAGCUGGUGAUAUUUAUCCAGGACAUGUAGCCCUGAAGAAAAACUUCAACAUUUAUUAACUUUGUCGGCUUUAUACUGCCAUGUGGACAGACAGGAGCUUUGAGCUUUCAGGGUUCUGGUGAGUUUCAUCAAAUAAAGCCUUUACCUGGAAAUUAGAAAGCACAAGGGUGCCAUGGAUACCAAGCCAAGCGAGUUUGAGAGUAUUUUAUACCUGUGGUCAUGCCAUUUCAUAAAUCACGAAUCCCUUCACUGGCUGCUUUCUUGUCUCCUUUCAUUAUCAGAGCUGACCUUCACAUACAGAGACUACUGUAACCACAAAACGCCUCUUUCCACAAAGCAGCAGAAGGAACCAAAUCAAUCAGGGUUCAACUGCAGCAACCUAACAAACCAGCAAAUGCACUUUCUGAUUUAUUUAUCUAAUCCAAACUAAAUCCAUUUGUGCAUUGCAUGCAUUGUAUUUAUGUCAUCUGAGCGAAAUGAAUUUGUGCAUUGCAUGCUUGCAUGUGUCCGUGCAAUCUCAGAGAGAAUUGAAAAAUGCUGAAAAUAUGCCAAAAAAAAGAAAAAAAGCUUGAGGAGCUGAAGAGCUCGGAGCCUGACCAGUGCACCCACCCUCCCUGAGUGCUCAGUACUGUUAGGAGGGGCAUAUAGAGCUCAUACCAUCAUCCUGCAGGUGGCUGCAAAGGAUGAAACAUGCAUAAGGAUGCUGCUGGAAUUCACUUCUUUUCACUCGUUUAACAUUUAUACCCUGAUUUUUCAUCUGUGCUCUGUGGACACGACUUCAUCAUGAGGGAAGAAAGGAUGCUGUAAGAGUUUGCAAGAAUGCAUCAUUGAAAAUCUGAAAUACACUGAAAGAUGAAAUUUCACACUGAGUUUAGUGUUUAGAUUUAGAUGUCCCUACACCUCUGCUGGAGAUAAGGCUUUGACAAGGUGAAGAUGGCAAUUCCUGUUGACCUGAAUGAAACCAGAACCCGACCUGAUCUUCAGAUGGAUUUAACACGUGGAUGACUAUGACGUCAAACACUGUAUGUACCACCUGAUUAUGUUGAAUUGAGCAAUAAACACAAGAGCCACUUCACAGCUGAUGUGCAAUGGUGCCUGCUGAAGAAAACCUCACGGCUGUGUUAAACCUAGACAGCUGUCUGAACUGCACCCAGCCAUCAGUGUAUGAUGUAAACCUCCCAAAGGUGGUGACCAUGGCAGUGGUCUUUAUGUUUUUCGUUGUGUUUGGGGUAAUGGGUAACGUGUUGGUCAUCGUGUCUGUCGUAUGCCACCGUCAACUCCGUUCAGUCACGCACUACUUCAUCGCAAACUUAGCUGUUGCUGAUCUGCUGCUGAGCUGCGUGGUUUUGCCACUGUCGGCUUCAUCCGAGGCGCUGGGACGCUGGGUGUUGGGCCGGGCUCUGUGUGGCGUAUGGGCAUCGCUCGAUGUCCUGUGCUGCACCGCAUCCAUCUUCAACCUCUGCGUCAUCUCCGUGGACCGCUGGCUGGCUGUCAGCUACCCGCUGCGAUACCCGUGUCUCGCCACAAGUGGGCGUGCUGUAGGUGCCAUGGUGGCUGUCUGGGUGGCAUCAGCUGGCAUUUCUGUCGGACCACUGUUCGGCUGGAGAGAGCCGAUGCCUGACGACGAAUCAGUGUGUAGCAUCAAUGAAGACCCGGGAUAUGCCAUUUUCUCGGCCGCUUGCUCCUUCUACAUUCCCCUCGCUGUAAUAUUAGUCAUGUACUGUAAAGUCUACAUGGUGGCACGCAGGAAAGCAAGAAGUCUCAAUGAUGGGCAGUGGCACAGUGACGUAAAGGAUGGGGUGGCUUUCAGGAUCCACCGUGGCAAUGCUCAGAGAUGCCAUGCUGAGAGUGGAAAGGAAGAUGAGGGAAGUAGGAAAUGUCGCUCCUAUGGUGCCCUUGUGAAGCUGCUCACAUUCUCGAGGGAGAUGAAAGCGGCGAAGACCCUGGGCAUAGUGGUGGGCUGCUUCGUCCUCUGCUGGCUGCCCUUCUUCCUCGUGCUGCCCAUCAGCUCCAUCUUCCCGUCUCACAGACCCUCAGACACCGUGUUUAAGAUCACCUUCUGGCUUGGAUACUUCAACAGCUGCCUAAACCCCAUUAUCUACACCUGCUUCAGCCAGGAGUUCAAAAAAGCUUUCCAGAACGUUCUUAAAGGCCGCUGCUUUGGCAGAGCCACCGCCACCGCCACCCCUCUGACCCAAAUCUCCUCCCAUCAUGCCCCGCCCCCUCGUCCUGUCACUCCUUCUGCCCGCCAGUUCACUCACGCAGGGGCAAAUCAGGUGAGUAAAAGCCUCCUGAAGGCCUGCUGCUUCAGCGCCAGAGGCAAAACUACCAGCACUGAGACUCAUCACGUCUUCGUGGAUAUGAAGGGCAUGACGGGAGGACAGGCUGUGUGAGACGUGACGCAUGUGAUCGUUAUGAAAAACUGCAGCAGGGUCCAGAAGCCUGAGUCCACUAGCAAGAUUUAUCAUCACUUAUUAAAAGCUAAAACGUUGUUUAUACUGAGACAUUCACUUUUAAAUGUUUGAUAAAUCCGUGUAUUGGGUCAAAAUUUAUCACUGACAAGUUUGACAAAAAAGGAAUAGACUACACUUUUAGGGUGCACAUUUUGCUUUCAAGUUAGUCCUUGUACAUCUGGAUGUUUUCUUGCUUAUCUUUGCUCCUAAAACUUUCAUUUUUUGGGUCAUUAACAAAAAUAAUAAACACUAUCAAAAAGGCCACUCCAGCAUGGUAGAGCACUUCUGUCUCUCUCUCUCCCUCCCUCCUUUUUUUUUCCAGAAAAUACAAUGUUUUGCACUUCCAUUUCUAUCCCCUCGUCCUACACAUUAGGCAGGUGUGUUAGUUUUCCCUCUCUGCCGUUCUCCUGAGGUUCUCCUGACUAUCUCUCAUUUUCCAUAAGCAUGUUGCUCGUUCAGCUAUGCUGUGCCCCCUGAGGAGAAACGUUCCUCAACUCUAGGCUGUAAACGAGCAACAGAUAGAAGCACAUACAUGGAGAGGAAAUCCAUUAUCACUCUCUCGCAGACUGCAAAGGGCCCAAAUAAAAGCUCCACUGAGCGUAAAUAACAAAAUUAGGCGCAGUUUUCCUCUCAAAGGCUCCAUAUGCCACACUUAAAUGUACUCAUGAAAUGAAAUGAAAUGAAAUACAACAACAUCUUAGUUCAGAUGAAUUUGUGUACAUUUCAGUGAGAUAAAGUUCAUUCUUUUUUUUAAAGUAAUGAUACUCAACUACAUUACAGACGUAAAGACUUCACCUCUGUUAAAGUCACGGUCUAAUCUUAUUAAAACACGUCGAGAACAUUAUGAAACGUUCUAACAAACUUCUCUGUUUGAUAAGCAUCUGUACUUCAUUCUCCUAGAAACGUCACAUUUUCUGCUAAUAAAAACAAAAUUUUUAACUUAUUUAUGAUAAAUUGUGUACGUUUAUACUUGACAAAAUUCUAUCAUUUAGAGAAGGUACAAUACCUCUUUUUCUUCUCUAAUACUGAUACCAAAACCUUGAGUAUCAUGUGAUAUUGUUUUCUUUAAAAAAAAAAAAAAAAGCUUUAAAUCACUUACACUGCCUUUAUUAAAUUGGGCUAAAUCAGAAAAACAUUUAAAAAAAUCAUUGAUCAACACAUUUCAGCUUAAAACAGCCUUCUUCAGGAUACACAUCCACUGCCCACAAAAGCACUCUUUUAACUGUUUGCAAUCAACAUCAACACAGCUGGUUAACGAGUGGGCGUGGCUAUAAUCAAUCAGCUCACACACAAAUGAAAUAUUGUAGCAAAAAGACACUGAUAAUUACUACAAGAAUGGUAAAAAAAAAUCUAUUUCCUCAUUAACACCAGGUAACUUUGUACCCUUAAAAGUCUCCCAUUGUGAAAGACGUUUUAAUCUAUUCCCACCUCGUAUAGUACACGGAAAAUAGAUUCAAUUCCAAUCACUUUAAGGGAGCUGUCACUACCAUGACCCACCUCUUUAUAACGCCUUUAGUGUGAAGAGCAUAUUAAUGUUCAGCCACUCUUAAUCUCAAACUUCCUUUUUGUUUGACCUAUAUAAAAAUGUCCACAUUCACAUUCCAACUUAUAAAUUACAUAAGAAGAAUUAGAAUUAAUGAAAGACUCGAGUGGAUACACUUUAUUAGAAAACACGUCAGUGAAAGUUUUUGUUUUUACUGUAUUCUCACAGUGAUUGCAUCCUCCACAUCUAAAAAUGACCCACUAAAGAACCAAGCCAUGCUUUAUUUUCAGGAGCAGGUGAUAACUCCGCACUAUCCUGACUAUCUUGUUGAUGUUCUACUGAUUAUAGACAGUUAAAAGAGUGCUUUUAGUGAACAAUGGAUGUGUAUCCUGAGGAAGGCUGUGUUAAGCCGAAAUGCAUUGAUCAGCGAUUUUUUUUAAUGUUUUUAUGAUUUAGCCCAAUUUAAUAAAGGCCUUUUACGCUUAACAAUGUGAGUGCCUUGGAUUAUUUUGGUUUUUCAUCUGAUAUUUACCUCUCAUAUAUCCAAUGAGCACACCCAGUUGUCUUGUUAUGGAUAUCAGAUUGGUGCUAUAUCUUUUUUAUUUUAUUUUUUUUGAAAACAGGUGGAAUAUCAGUUCUUGAUAGCAGACUCAGGUUUUUGGACUUUAUCCUAACUCUAUGGACAUGUGACCAGACUAAAUGGACUUCUGAGCACUAAAGAAUAGAAAAAGGGAGAAAAAGGAGGUAUACAGAGCCACCUAGUGGUCCAUCCUCAUCUUUCUGUCUCUACUGUAUUUUGACGUUAUGGUUAUAUUGAUCAAUUAAUUAUUCAAGUGUAUUUUCAAAAGCACUUUGAAAUAAAUGAUGCUAUUAGUGAUUGUUCUUAUGUCAAUAUUUUUUGUUUUAUUAAUACUGCAUGUUAUUAUUCAGAGCUUAAAGCUGGUUCUGAUUAAACGGAUAUU